AUGUGGGAUUCCGCACCGAAGUUCGUCUCUCUGCGCAUUGCCCGUGACAAGUACGGCAACGUUGUGUCUGUUGAGAGGGAUGGCGACGCCAAGGACGAGUGCAUCCAUCCGGCAAUGAUAAUGAAGGAGGCCUCGACGGCGUCAACAGAGCCCGGGGAGGUCGUUGGCAAACGCACUAGGAUAUCGGCACCACGUCCGCCGUGGGUGCAUCCCAUCAUGCCCCGCGGAACGCCCACCACCACCACAACAACAACUAACGACAGCAUCCUUGACGAAGACGAGGCGUAUCCAAGACUCAUCCACAUGAUACAGCCGCACUGGGGGGACGGCGCCACGGCGUCACAGAACAGCACUCUGAGUGACCGCAGUGCAGAGUCGAAGGGGGAUAGUCUCCUCCUCUCCCUUUUUGCACCGCCCGCGCUACCCACGUCGUCACCGUGCACAACACACAUCACAGGCGGUAGGGCGAGGGGUGAUAUGCAUUCGUUGCGUAGCGUGCCACAAGGCGGCAAUGAUAUGAUGAGGGAGGGGAAAGUGGCUGAGCUGUCGUCUGCAGGCGUGCAGUGUCAAACUGUCGCGACGGGUUUGCCACGCCGGUGGUCGCGUGCCUCUGCUGUGCGGUGGAUGCAGUCCACGUCGGGGCAAAGCUCGGCGCAGGACUCCCCAUCACCCGUGAAGGGAGCGGUAGAAACUGGUGAAGAGCAACAGGAACAAAAACGGCCAUCGCUGCUUCACAACACUCAGGAGUUGGACGUGCUGCUGGGAGUGCGUUCCUCUGUGGGAGACGAGGAGAAUUCUGAAGCAUCGCAUGGUCUGCCCGCGCCACACCAGCUAAAUUCGUCAGACGCACACCACACGGAGGUGGGCGCGGCAGCCCUUCCACACGUGCAGAUUAAAAGGGCGUGGGGAAACACGCCUUUGGCUCACUCUUCCGCGGGUGAGGCAAUAGGCGAGAGCAGUGGUACCGUGGAUUAUCGUCAAGUCUUGACUGAGUUGGAGCAAGAACCAGUUGCGAUGGAAGAAGAGACACCCGUGGGCAUGCGGAAAGUGGGGGAAACAGAUCAGUUUGUGGACACACCCCAAAAGAGACAUCUGUCAGAAGAAAGUAUCAGUGAGGGUGAGCAAUCCAAGCACGAGGGCGUGGUGGCUACUGUCGCUGCCAUGGGGGCGAUGCGCAGAGAGCUGGGGCACUGUCACUCCAUAAUUGAGAAACAGCAGCAGCACUUCCUUCAGGCGAUGCACGAAACUACGCGACAUCAAGAGGAACUUGUUGGCGCUGUUAAGGCGCUGGUGCGUGAACGUAGUGUCGUAACGAAUGAGAAUGAAAAUACGGCUGAUGCCUUUAUGCCACCGGAGUCCGUUUCACCUCUGAUGUUGCAGACAGCCUGUAGCGGCGAAGUGGAGGGCUCCCCAAGCUAUCCAACAGUGACACAAAGCAGCAGCAGCAGUAGUAGUAGUAGUAGUAGUAGCUGCAGCAACGAUGACGCUGACAACGAGGAUAAUGAGGGUUACACAGAGAGCGCCGCACCCGAUUGUAUGCCGACGUGUCAGAAGCGGCCGCCAUUUACUCGGGAUCCUUCUCUCGUACGCAAUCUAUCGCAGUACCUUGCAAAGAAAGCCAACCAGAUGUGCGCCAAUGACGGCGUGGCAACAUUUCGUGGGGCCUCCUACGUCUCUGGCAGUGCAAAUACAAGGGAGCCGUUCAAUCCGUUUUCUCCAUCGCUCAAGGUACAGCCACCGCAAUUGGAUGAGGAGGCGUCAAGAUCUUCGGCCAAGUUCUACGAACUUCGCGCUGCUUAUUACCGUGUGAGGCAGCAGCACUGA